GCCCGGCGCCGCCGCCCGGCCCUUGGAGCCUGCACGCCGCCCGGGGACGGAGGCGCGGGAAGCGCGCGGGGAGCGAGACCGGAGGAAGAAGCGGGAAGGAGAGCGCAGCCGCCGCCGGGCCCUGCGCGCCCCGGGAGCGCCGCGCGGCCCUGCCCGCGGGCUCCGGGUGUCGGCGGGGCGGCGCCGCGGAACAUGACGGCGCCCUGGGCGGCCCUCGCCCUCCUCUGGGGAUCGCUGUGCGCGGGUUCCGGGCGUGGGGAGGCCGAGACUCGGGAGUGCAUUUACUACAACGCCAACUGGGAGCUGGAGCGCACCAACCAGAGUGGCCUGGAACGCUGCGAGGGUGAGCAAGACAAGCGGCUGCACUGCUACGCCUCCUGGCGCAACAGCUCUGGCACCAUCGAGCUGGUCAAGAAGGGCUGCUGGCUGGACGACUUCAACUGCUACGACAGGCAGGAGUGUGUGGCCACCGAGGAGAACCCCCAGGUGUACUUCUGCUGCUGUGAAGGCAACUUUUGCAACGAGCGCUUCACCCACUUGCCGGAGGCUGGGGGCCCGGAAGUCACGUACGAGCCACCCCCGACAGCCCCCACCCUGCUCACGGUGCUGGCCUACUCGCUGCUGCCCAUCGGGGGCCUCUCCCUCAUCGUCCUGCUGGCCUUCUGGAUGUACCGGCAUCGCAAGCCUCCCUACGGCCAUGUGGACAUCCACGAGGACCCUGGACCUCCUCCUCCGUCCCCUCUGGUGGGCCUGAAGCCUCUGCAACUGCUGGAGAUUAAGGCUCGGGGGCGCUUUGGCUGUGUCUGGAAGGCACAGCUCAUGAAUGACUUUGUGGCUGUCAAGAUCUUCCCACUCCAGGACAAGCAGUCGUGGCAGAGUGAGCGGGAGAUCUUCAGCACGCCUGGCAUGAAGCAUGAGAACCUGCUGCAGUUCAUUGCUGCUGAGAAGCGAGGCUCCAACCUUGAGGUGGAGCUCUGGCUCAUCACGGCCUUCCAUGACAAGGGCUCCCUCACGGAUUACCUCAAGGGGAACAUCAUCACGUGGAAUGAACUGUGUCAUGUGGCAGAGACAAUGUCAAGAGGCCUCUCAUACCUUCAUGAGGAUGUGCCGUGGUGCCGUGGUGAGGGCCACAAGCCGUCUAUUGCCCACAGGGACUUCAAAAGCAAGAAUGUAUUGCUCAAGAGUGACCUCACAGCCGUGCUGGCUGACUUUGGUCUGGCUGUUCGGUUUGAGCCAGGGAAACCUCCGGGGGACACUCACGGGCAGGUGGGCACGCGGCGGUACAUGGCUCCUGAGGUGCUUGAGGGAGCCAUCAACUUCCAGAGAGAUGCCUUCCUGCGCAUUGAUAUGUACGCCAUGGGGCUGGUGCUGUGGGAGCUUGUGUCCCGCUGCAAGGCUGCAGAUGGACCCGUGGAUGAGUACAUGCUGCCUUUUGAGGAAGAGAUUGGCCAGCACCCAUCACUGGAGGAGCUGCAAGAGGUGGUUGUGCACAAGAAGAUGCGGCCUACCAUUAAGGAUCACUGGCUGAAGCACCCGGGCCUGGCCCAGCUCUGCGUGACCAUCGAGGAGUGCUGGGACCAUGAUGCCGAGGCUCGUCUGUCUGCAGGCUGCGUGGAGGAGCGGGUGGCCCUGAUUAGGAGGUCGGUCAACGGCACUACCUCGGACUGUCUUGUCUCCCUGGUGACCUCCGUCACCAAUGUGGACCUGCCCCCUAAGGAGUCGAGCAUCUAAGCCCAGGACACGAGUGGAUCUGAAGAGGAAAGAAAAAAAAGUUGUGUUUUGUUUUGGAAAUCCCAUAACACCAACAAACACAUAAAAUGCAGCUGCUAUUUUACCUUGACUUUUUAUUAUUAUUAUAAUUAUUAUAAUUAUUAUUAUUAAUAUUAUUUUUUGGAUUGGAUCAGUUUUUACCAGCACAUUGCUCUACUGUAUCGCAAACAGCGGACAUGUCAGCAGGCGUUGAGGUGCUGAGCUGUGAAUGCAGAACCAGCGCCAUGCUGAAGAGCCUCAGCCACCUCCUGUCCUUUGGGGUUCAUUUUUCCCGCUUUCUCUUUAUUUGUUGUCUCAGAAUCUGUGACACAAAGAAACCCAUCUCCUGUCUUAGGAAACUUAAUGCUGCAAACUCUACCUAGAGGAACCUUUGAAGACUGUUACAUAAGAACACACCUUCCUCAGAGGAGGAGUCCCCCCAGCCCUUGUCCCCCCACUCCCCCUUAUUGUUUUUCUCCCUUUUUAGACAGUGAGUUUCAGAAACAGCAGAUGUGUCUUUCACGGAUUAACGGGUGUUGUCCUGACUGAGGAAAAAUGGGGAUGAGAAGGAGGAUGGUUUUGGACCGGAGUUGGAAGGGGAGGGCAGAGCUGGGGAUGGGAUUUGGAGCAGAGCUACACUGGACUUGGGCACAUUCGGAGCAACAUCCCUUGCUAAGAUGCUACUUCUCAGGUAACCAGGAAUCGUGGGGAAGGACUGUGUGGGGGGCCGAGCAUUAACAGCAAGAGCGGGGGUUUGGAGAAAGUCUGAAAGCAGGUGUGGCUCUGACCCAUCUGUUGGCCCUGACCAGUUUUUUCCCAUUGACUUGGGCUUGGGCGUUGGACGAAACAUUUUCUCUGCCCUAAUUUUAAGGUUAGGUAAGGGUAGAAAUCAUCAUGGCUUAGUGACCAUAUUCUUCAUAAGACAAUGCUGUAAUUAUCUGUAGUGGAGGAAGAAGUUAUAACACACUGCUUCCUCCCGGAGCAGUUCAGGGAAAUGCCCACGGGCGCCCUGCACAGCCAGGUUAAGAGGGUUCCCUGGGCAGGGCUGCCAUGCCUGCUGCUCUGAAGACCUGAGGGUCCUGCAGUGCUGGCUUUGCCUUGUGUGGUGACAUUGCUGUCCCUUUCUGUGGCUCGUGCACAUGGCUUUCUCCAGACCCCUCAAAGAGGUGCAUAUUCAAAAACCGUUUCUCUAUUAUGCCAUAACCUUGCUCUAGUCAGUGAAUGUUCCUAAUGCUGCUGUUUCAACAUUUGAAUUUUUUUAAUUUAUGAAACAUGCAAAUUUUUUAAAAAAACGAAACAUACAUCCACAUAGACACACAUGCUUUGCAAUGUGGCUUCCGAGGUUUCAAUUUUGAAAAGUUAAAAGAAUUAAAACUUCACGACCACAGACCACCUCAAACCAGAAAUACCUCAAUUUUCUACUUGUGUAAGUUUUAUUAUAUAUUUUAUUAGUUGUGUUGUCUCGUAGUAAGUAUAUUUUAAUGUAAGUUGGCUUUUAUGACAAGAAAGUUUAAAAGAAAUAGAGAAAAAGAAAAAAAAGUUUGAGUCUUCUAGGGAGUGCUACCAUUUUUGUUUGAUAACGCCCCCUUGUAAAUAAUUGUCAUCAACUGUAGAUUGGCUUUCUGGGCCGUCUGGGCAUUCAUCAUUCUUGUUUGUGAAGGCUUUUCCCUCUGGGUUUCUUAAGACUUUUAUUUAAAAACUGGAUCUCUUUCAUCUUGAGGGUAGGUGAGGCGGUGAGCGAUGGGGAGAGGUUGACCUGGGUGAGAACGGGAGAGGAGUGCCUCCUCUUGACUUACAUGGAGGUUUAGAUCUUUCCCUCAACUGGAUUGGUUAGUGUUCAGAAUGACAGGUAACCCCACUUUAACUUGGCCAGACGGUGGCCCUUAGACGUGCUGGAGGUAAAUUUCCUUGAGCAGCAGCGAUGGCGGAGGAGGCCGGUAGUGUCUCCAUGAGUCCACACUGUGACUCUGGGCAGUCUUUGAGAGAGUGGAGAGUUCUCACGGCACCCUGGCAUCACAGUCUGAGGGUGCCUGCUCCCCACUGGGCACACUGUGUGCGUCUGGGGCUUGCCCCUUGGCUGUGUCCCUUUAUUGCAUGUCUGGGCACAGGGUACUGUGAGAGGUGAGUGUGUGUCCCUCUCAGAGCUCAGUUUUUGUUUCAGAGGUCAAGCUGUGAGCUGGCCAAGGUGGUUACAGGGACAAGAUUUUGUUGGGUAAGCUGUGUUGUCUUUUUUUUUUUUCCCUUUUUUUUUUUUUAAUUAUUUUGUGCUGUGGUAUUUUUCUUCCCUCGGAAUAAUUUUUAACAGCAAAACAGGCCUUACAGCAGUUGCUUUUCUUUUCUACUUAUUUCUUUAAAAAGCUUUAAAAUAUUUAUUGAAAAGUGCCAUAUCUAAUUUCUUUAGCUUUCACCUCAGGCAGUGCAUCUCUACUUUUCCAGCAUCUGCUUUUCAACCUCGGCAACAAAUAAACCAUUAACAGAUGUAGCUGAUUCACCACAGGAAUGAUCAGAUCCCUCAUCCUGCCACUGCCCAUCGUGGAACACUAAACCCCUGCCUCUCCAGUUGGUUUUAGAUUUCCUCUGGAUGAUUUUUUUGUCUGGCUUGAUUCUUGUGAGUAUAAGUUUUGGGCCUGGCUGUGGAGGGUUGAGCUGUGGCAUUGGUGUGGGACCUGCUUGUCCAGAUGCAGUACAGAUGGGGCUGGCCUUCCUAUUGGCCUACAGGCCUUUUAUCUGGAUGGGCUCCCUCUUUGCCGACCUUGUGCUCAGGUGCUCUGGUGGCUUUUGGGCCUUGGCACCAGAAUGAAGUGUCUGGAGAUGGUUCCUGUGUGGGCUGGCCCAGUGAGGGGAGUCUGAGGAGCGCCAGUCCUUUGGGCUUCAGGCUGCCUCUCCCUUGUGCUGUGGUAUAAAAUGCACCCAUUGGGCAGUAUCUCUGCCUGCUGCUGAUGGCAGAAGAAGGUGGGUGAUGUUUUUCCAGGGUAUGCCCUUGGGAGCCUGGGGUGGGUCUUUUGCACCAGAUAAAGUGUCUGUCUGUGUGCUAUCAUGUAUUCUUUGGGGAGCAGCAAACCAUUUAGAGAUCUGGUUUGUGUUUAUUGGGUUGUAGGGCCUCUGUGCUCUUUUCCACAAAGAUUUCAUGUUGUGUCCACUUCUGGGGAGCUCAGAGAACUAGCCUCCCCCUUACCCCCCAGCUCUUGUGGCAGCCUGGUAGGAGUUGAACAUCAUUUUGCCUGUUACUGGGAGAGGCUGCCCCAUCUAGGCAUCUAGGUUGGGAGAGUGGCCAAGCCAGAGGAGAGAGGUGGCCAAGGAUCCUUGCUCCUUCCUUUCUAGUGUUCUAUCCACACAGGCUCCUGGCUGUGGGGUGGGCUUUGGGAGAGAAUGUGUUCUGUUUGAAAACACCCAUGAUCGGGAUCCCUGGGUGGCGCAGCGGUUUGGCGCCUGCCUUUGGCCCAGGGCGCGAUCCUGGAGACCCGGGAUCGAAUCCCACGUCAGGCUCCCGGUGCAUGGAGCCUGCUUCUCCCUCUGCCUGUCUCUGCCUCUCUCUCUCUCUCUGUAUGACUAUCAUAAAUAAAUAAAAAAAAUUAUUAAAAAAAAAACACCCAUGAUCACUGGGAAGAUAUACUGAGCUAGAGAAAUAACAGGAAUGAUCAAGAGAAGGAGGAGGUAAGUGGGGAACAGAGGCCAUGGUUUAACAGUGUCCUGCAAAGAACUCUUGAUGACGGUCCAGAGGAGGCCUUGGACAUAGUCCUUAGGGGCUGGCAUCAGCCAGGUUUUCUCCUGGGACCAUUGGUCCCUCCCAGGAGUCCUUUGAGUGAGGUACUCAGGGUGAGGGCUGUAGGUGAGCGUCCUUAGGAGGAAGGAAGAUGUGGCUGUGAAGGGAAAUGGUGAGCAUCAUCGGCCUGUCAUCAGCUGUCACUCUUCAACAUGGUCUGCUUGUCCUUCGUUGUUCAACAUGGCUCUGUAGGUGUAAGUGCCCAAAGGGAUUAGUGAUGCCUGGGGAGGAGUUCCCCAUGUGUGCCAGCUGCUUCUGACCCAGAAUUCUUCCCGUCUGGACUUGGUCAUGUGUGCAGGACAAGAGAGAUUUUGUUUAGCUUUGAACAUCUUCAAGUGGCUUGAGCCCCCUACUCCCAUAUUCUGAGCCCAGUUAAGAAUCCCUCCAGUCUUCUUGUCAUGGCUGGUCAUGCAUGCCUUGCUUUAAAAAGCAAAGCAGGUGAUCAGUACUUUCCCGCUCUGUCACCUUUUUCUCCAGCUGCCAUGUUCUUGAGCUGCCUGCUACCCUGACACCCUGCACUGAGUACUUGAGUUGUGUGUGUGGCGUUUCUUUGGUGGCAAGCCUAGCUGCCUUUGUGUGUGUAUGUGUGCUGUGUGGGGCUCAGGCCUGUUAUGUGGCCCCUAUGCUCUGAGCCAUAAGGGUAGAGAGGCAGACUGGGUGGCCCUCUUAAAAGUGGAAUUUUGCCUUUUAUAGGAUGCAGUGUAAAGUUCUCAGCACAUACUGGUAAUACAAGGAUUUGGUGGUUUUUAGCAAUGUAGUAAGCAUACGUAUGUAAGUUUUUAGAAUUGGUACUAUAAGUGGAACGGUCAAGAGUUAUUCCUGAGAACUUGGCUUGCUAGAUCAGUAUCUGAAUUGGAAAUAAUUUCCUAUAGCUAACUCAGUUUGAUUGUUAGUCCCAGCUAUCUCAGUAGCCUUUUGGGUUCUUAAUGGUUCAUCUUUGGAGAGAUAGCCAGGCCUGGUUCACGUUUUGGGGGCUCCGUAGACACCCUUCCAAGAAGCACAGUGAAUUUACUCAUCUAUCCGCCCUACCCCCUACCCCACCCCCACCCCUCCAUCCAGGGUGAGCAGCCAGAAAGGAAAGAGGGCAAGGUGGCUUUUUCUCUUCAUUUGGGUGCCAUGAAUUCCUUGGUUAGGGGCUGUUUAUAAAAGCUGAACUAAUAAAAUAGUCAGUAGCUACUAAGUGUUCAACCUAGUAAUGACGAGUUUAAAUCUUGAUCAACGGUAAUGUUUUAGGUAAAGAAACAGGCCUAGUAAUUCAGUUGAUGAACUGUUUAUCUUCUCAGUCUAGAUUUAAUGAAUUCAGGAUUAUAUGCAUACUUGUUUAAGUAAGAUUCCUGGUAGAUGAUUUGUAACCAGCAAUCCACCUAUGAAUGUAUCCCAAACCUUUAGAAGGCUUGGAAAAGUUUUUUUUUAAGAUAAUGACUUAGUUUUGUAGCAAAAAGAAAUUGAAGUUUAAAAUGCCCCCUUGGAAAUUAAUUCAGCUGACUCAGCUACAUUUUAAAAACAGUGGGUCCAAGAGACCCAUGAACUCAUCAAAUAAAAGUCCAAAUUCUCUAGAGGGAUAUUUUGAGUAUUUCUAUUUUAUACUCAUCUGGGGGCCAUUGUAAACUUUGGUUUGAACAAGAUUUUGAAUUUAGACAAUUUACCACUAUUUAAAUUGUACCAAGCUUUUACAUUUUUGUGACCAUAUCUUCCAGGUGUGAAUGAAGAAGGACGUUUUGAUUGUGGUACUCCACGUAUCCCUGUAGUGCCAAAACCAGUGAUACUUUAUUUGCUCCUAUGGCAGCUUGUAGAGAUAAUACAAGUGGUUUUUCCUCAUGAAUUAAAAUGCAUAGUCUCUAAAUGCCAGUAUGUGGUGAUGGGCCCUGUGCUGCCCUUCCUCUCUGGGAGUAUCUUUGAACUGUCUGGGGCCUACACAAUUCUGAGAGCCACUGCACACCAACCACAGGACCCCAGAGAAGUAUACGCUUGGGCACAUGUGUAUGCAGUUGAUUAUUCAAACGCAGGCUCUCUGGACAUCUGUGGGAAAGUGUUACAUUUAUUUGCAAAGUUUACAUUUUUGAGCUCACAGUUAUGAAAAGUAUGACCCAUUAUUAGCUAAUGCUUUUUAGGCAGGUGAGGAUGGGUGUUUUGUAUUUUGCUUUGUUUUGUUUUGACAAAUGGAUGAGUUCUGUCUUGAGUCCUGGGAAUUUCUGCUAUUGGUUGGGCACAGGAUCAUUCUCUGUUUUUCCCAAUCACGUUUGCAUUGGAAUGUUGUUAGGUAGCAUUGUAAAUAAAAGAAUAGGUUAUAUAAUAGAGAUAUGACACUUGAAAUUUUACUUUAAAAAAAUCUAUAGCUCUACAUAUAUAUUUAGUUAUAUCACCUGACAGAUUCUUCUGCACAGUGUGGAGAUUGUUUUAUACCACAGAUUAUUUUUAUAAAGUCUAGUGAGUUUGAAUGGGAAUGAUUUUGUAAUCAGACUAAUGAGCUUUACCUUUCAGGAUAAAUGUACACUGGAGUGUGAGUGGUGUGGAGCUUUUACCUAGUGUUCAUAUGGAUUCUCAUGAUACACUGGCAGAUGGGAGGCCAUUUAUGGGUCUUGUUUGGCCAAAACUCCACUUGAAGCUGUGAGGGACAGUGAUGCUUCUGCUCAGCUCCCUGCAGAUUGGGUGGCAAGGGGCUGAGGAGAGGCAAGAAGAGCCUGCGGUAUGUUUUACAUUUGUGCUUCCUCCUGAGAUUUCUUCUGAACAAAGCGUUCUGAAGUUAGAAGUGAGUUUGUGAAUUCCUAUUACAGGAUGUAGUCAUAUGAGGGUGUUUUGAGGAACAGAAAUCAUAUGGGAGUGUAGAUUGGAGCAGGUUGGGAUGAUUAAGAUUCAGGCUAUAAACAGUUACAAUGAGAGUUUGGUGAUUUGAGGAAUCCACAAAACUGAAUUAUCUAGGACCAAAUUUUCCAGUUUUCAGGACAUAAUUUCCAGUUGACUAAUUAUUCAGAAUAGGAGGGUGGUGUGUGGACACAGCAAUCAAGUUAAAUGGUGAGCUGCCAGGCACAUUGUGUCUUUUCUGGUUGGGGCCUCUUGGACACAAGAGUGCUUGGGGCAGCUCCCUGCUUUCAUCUAUUGCGUCACAACCAGGAGUGCUCUGAGGAAGUUCAGAGCCCCAUACCAGAGGGCAUCUUCCAGGUGUCACAUAGCCCUUCCUGCUCUUCCUAAAAAGGUCAGCAUGACUACCAUGGUAUGGGAGGUGGUCUUCAUGUUAUUAGCCUUUUUAUUUUGGGGUAGAGAGUAGAUGGCUAUUUGGGUGAGGCUUUUGGAUGGUGCGAUACAGGGAAGGUGAACGAUGAAGCUGAUUCUUUGUAUUGUCACUGCCAGUCCUGAGGCCCAGCUGAAGGCCUGUCCCCCGGCCCUGGGCUGCUGCACUCAGAACUAUACUGGUUGGGACAGUUUUGUCAGGAGAAUCCCUGAUGUGUCAUUUUAAACGAGCUGUGCUUUUUCUUCAGUUUGGUUCAGAGUGAAGUUUUACACUUGACCCCUUUUGUACUUUGGAUAAAUAUAGUUUCAGCAGGUCCAGUAGCACUCGAGGAACUAGCCUGUCAUUCCUUUCCCUGCUCCCUGUGAAAGAACAUUUCUCUGCUUUCCAGCCACGUGUCUUGGAAUGUAAUUUUGUUGUGCCUUUGUUUUUGUCACCUGCCUUCCCCCAAAAGCAACUGCUGUAAGCUUUUUUCUACUUGUCUUUUCUAGCCCAAAACCCUACCUUUUUCCUUUUUCCCAGCUGUAAUUUCUGGAUGCAGUUACAUGCUCCAGGUAUUUGAAGAACCAGUUACCUCAGACCUCAUGUUGAACAGUGUCACCAUCUGGGUCCUCUCGAUACUGCAGGCUUGUAACAUACACAUGCAGGAACCCUGCCAAGUACGGGCACUUAUUUGUUUUAAAGUUAAACUCUUCCCAAGGACUGAAAAGGGGGCUUCUGGCAAGCUCUUCACUGCACUGUGGUGGGAUAGGUCUAGAGUGUCAUCUGAACGGUGCUUCCUGGGUUCCUCUCUGAAUUCUGCCAUUUUCAGUAUUCUCGAGUCUGAAUAGGCAAAGUGAUUCAAUUGGCUGGUCUUGCACACAAAUCAGUUCCAAAGAUGAGCUCUUUGUAACACAUUUCCAGUCACUACAACUCAAAUGUGUAGAACAUUCCUUUAAAUGGCAGGAUUAAAAAACCCACCAUCCACCACUGUGCAUUUUGGGAAGAUGUCUGUAGCAUAUGUUGCUGUGAAAUUAGGCCUUGCGGGAUACGGCUGUUUGUCAUUUUGAUGUAUUUUAAAUAAAUAUAUAUAUAUAUAUAUUUUUAAAGAGCCUUUUUUACCAGUUCAAAAAGUUUAAUUAACCAGCAGUCACCACAUCUGAAUUUUUGUCUCUGGGGCAUAGAUGGCAGACCAAGAUAAAAAGUGGUAACUCAGCCAUAAGAGCGUGGGAUGCCUGCCUGGGCUGUCCUGCUGACCAUGGGAUGCCAAGGUCAGUAUGUUCCCAGUGGGUUCUGAUCAGCCCUCAGAGUGUUUGGUCUCUGCCCUGAUCAGUGGACUGUUGAUUUCAGUCCCUGCAAGUGCUUUAGCCCAAGUGGGGUUUUCUCAGAGCACUGCCACAAGCUAAGUGUAUGUUUAGCCAAAUAAUUUCUCCAUUAAGGGAAAAAUAAGCUCAUUCAAAUGUUACCAGCAAUGACAGAGAUGAGAGUAGGAAAGAUUAGGCAACAUCGGGAUUUUGAUUUGGAAAGUGUCCAGGUCACUGUCAAAGGCCGUCUGAGAGCCAGUGAUCACAAAGAUAUUCUUAGGAGACCUCAUCUGGAAGUGUUAAGACCUCCUGUGAGUGGAGGGAUUGCUAAAAUGCCAGCAGCUUUUUCCCCCAUUUUUUUUCUAGAAUUCUGUAAAAAUGCAAAGAAAAUUGGGUGGUACUUAAGAAUUGAGGGUGAGGGUUACCGCAGAAUAGAAGCAUACUUCUAGAUUUCAGUUCCAUACCACAAAUCCACACAAUGCCAUUUUUCAACUGUACAAAAGAAUCUGCUUAUGAAUUUGACAUGAUCUUAGUGGUAGCGUCAAAGGGCCGAAUUUUUCACCUGUUAAUAUUUUUCCACAUUUGUCCUUGAAUCUGAGUAACUUUACAGUACUGUAAAUUUAACUUACAUUGAGUUUGAUGUCAAUUCUUGUGAAAAGAGCUUCUGCAUGUAACAGAUACACAGUUAAAGAACACAGCAGAAUACAAAUUUUGCAGGAUGAAUUUUGGAACCAACAGAAAAUGUCACCUCUCAUUUGCCAUCUUUAUGUAUCAGUUUUACGAGCUACUUCUAAAUUUGUACAUUAUGUGUAAGGAAAAGAAGGAAAACCCUAAGACUCGUCUAACUUAGUGGAGAAUAUGUAUGUCGGGUUUAGAAUGGAUAGCGAAGUCUUACUGAGCUGUGUUAUCUAACUUGUAUAUAACAAUUGUAAUUAAAAGUCUGGAUUCACCUGUUUCUUGCGGUUUAAAACAAUGAGUAAUUACAAACUCUGGAAAUGUGACUAGUAUAUGACUUUAAGGCUGUAGAAGUGAGGAAGCUCUUCAAGUGCUAAAAAUAAAGACUUUUAGUUUUUGGCUCAAAUUCAGUAAGUACUGUUUGUAUACCAGGAUAUGUGAGAUGUAAAUGUAAUAGGUCACUUUUCACCCUUGUAGCUAUAAAAUAAAAAUUUUGUAGAACAGAAAUAGCUUGUACUACUGAAUUAACAAAAGUUAUACUAAAGUAUCAUGUUAAAAUAUAUAUAUAUAUACACACACACAUACACACACACACACACAGAGUUAAGCUUGUUGCUGUUACCCUGUCUGGAUUUGAAGAGUGUGCUGAUAUAUAUAUAAAUAUAUAUAUCACACACAUACAUAUAUAUUAUAUACACGCACACAUCUAAAAUGGCCUAAAGCAGACAUCCAUGUAAUUACAGUUGCAAAAUGAAGACAUUUUGGAAAGAACAUUGUAUCAUAGUUCAUUCAUUUGCAGUGGAUCUUUGUUCCUUUUUACUGUGGUAAUUUUAGAAAUGAGUGUCAAGUUUGAAAUUAGAUCUGCUAAGUUGGGGUUUUGCUGCUUGAACUCUGCACUGGGUCCUCAAAUAAACCGAUGUGAAUGUAGUUUUUCCCCCUGUGUGAAGAAGCAGCCACACCCCAACAGAAUAGGAGGAAAA